GACGAAUGAUGCAUCAUCCGCCGUGUUCGAGUCGUACCUAUGUGUGCCAAAUGCCAUAGCUGCCAAGAGCGGAGCGCGCCACAUACAAUCCAUCCUUCUGCACAUAUAGCGCACAAUGGCGUCAAGAGGUCUACUAGAAAUCCUGUCUGGGCCCACGGCUUCAACCGUGGCUGGUUUUGCCGGCAGCGCGGCGGUUGUGUUCGGGGUGCAACGCCUCGUGCCCACAUUUGACCCGACAUGGUACAAGUCGCUCAAGAAGCCACGCUGGACGCCUCCCAACUACGUCUUCCCGCUGGUGUGGAUCCCUCUGAAGCUCAUGCAGUCGGCUGCUCUGUGGCUGGUGUGGAGCCGGGCCCCCAGCAGCAAGGCGCUGGUGCUGCCGCUAGCUGCCAUGGGGGUCCACAUGUUCCUGGGCAACUGGUGGAACGUUGUGUUCUUCGGCAAGCGGCAGCUGAAGCCCAGCCUGCCCUGGAUGUACGCCUUCUGGGGCAGCAUCGCCGCCACCGCCGCCGCCUUCCACCCCAUCAGCCCCGCCGCAGCCUACCUCAUGCUUCCCACACAGGUUUGGGUCACCAUUGCCACCAAGCUCAACUGGGACAUCGUCCAACUCAACAUCUGAAGGGCCGCUUGGUUGGCGGCCUGUUACCACCAAAGCGAAAAGCGUACGUUGCGCUACCAAAGGAGAGCUGUACAUAGACGAGACUUGAGAAGCGCUGCUGCUGAGUACGGGGUUCCCGGCGAUGGCGGUAACUAUAGUGGCGUUCGUGGAGGUGACAUGACAGUCCUAGACGGCUUUUGCCUAGCGUUGUUCAUUGAGUUAUGAGUGCGACUAUGACGUAGAGCGUGAGCGUUGAGCGACUCCUAACUGGAUUCUUGUUAUAUGUGCUCAUCUAGAAACAUGUCGCCUACCGCCCGUGCGGGUCAUGGUGGGAAGUCCUGUCCGCAACUGCCUAUUUUCCCCAGUUACCUACAUAGCCGCAGGGACACUGUAACUAUCAACGCCCUG